GAUCAUAAACAAGACCAAAGAGUUUAUCCAUCCAUCCAUGAUCCAAUAAUUAAAGUGAACCAACUACCAUCAUGUUUCCCAGCAACACCCCUUCUUCAACCUCUCAUCUACACUCUAACCUCUGGUUCUUCCUAUGGAUUCCAUUAAUUACCUCCUCUCUUUCCCAACAACUCACUUCUGCAGAACCAAACAACAACAUUAUCAUGCUUCCUACUAGCUCAGAUUAUUUACCCGCUCCAAAAUCAUGCCCGGUGCCCGACCCUGAUCUCAAUUUUCGCCCGGUUAUCGGGAUUGUUAGCCACCCGGGCGAUGGCGCCUCUGGUAGGUUGAAGAAUGGUACUAAUGUGUCUUACAUUGCUGCUUCUUAUGUCAAGUUUGUGGAAUCUGCUGGUGCUAGAGUCAUUCCUCUUGUUUAUACUGACCCAAUUGAUGUUAUUUUCAAGAAAUUGGAGUUAGUAAAUGGGGUGCUUUUUACUGGUGGAUGGGCUAAGAAUGGUACGUACUUUGAGGUCGUGCAGCAGAUAUUCAAGAAAGUGUUGGAGAAGAACGACGCAGGGAAGUUCUUUCCUUGUUACGCAAUCUGCCUGGGUUUCGAGCUUCUCACAAUGAUAGUCAGUAAGGACAACAAUAUCCUUGAAAAUUUUAGUGCAAGUUAUCAGGCAUCUACUCUUCAAUUUGUCGACAAUAACGUAUCGGGAACUGUUUUUCAGAGGUUUCCUCCCGAGUUGCUGAGAAAGUUGAGCACAGAUUGCCUUGUAAUGCAGAACCAUAAAUUUGCUAUUUCACCUAAAACACUUCAAGCGAAUCACCUCCUAUCCAGUUUCUUCGAUGUCAUAACAACUAGCACAGACAGUGAUAAUAAGGUUUAUGUCUCAACCGUACAAGCACAUCAGUACCCUAUUACUGGUUUCCAGUGGCAUCCAGAGAAAAAUGCAUUCGAAUGGGGCUAUCCAAUGAUUCCACAUUCAGAAGACGCGAUUCAAGUCACUCAGCAUGUAGCAAACUUUUUUAUUAGUGAGGCAAGGAGAUCUCCUAAUAGGCCACCUGUGCCGGAUGUGCUGAACAAUCUCAUUUACAAUUACAGUCCCACAUAUUGUGGCAAGAAAGGGAACGGAUAUGAUGAAGUCUAUAUAUUUGGAUAACUUUACAGGAAGCGUAGCUGUUACUGUUGUACAUUAUUCAGGCAGGUGUUCCGAAUGCGAUUUUAGAGUUGCAUGAACUUCAAUUCGUUUCGUUUUAAUUGAUAUUUGCAUUCAGUCUCAGUCUAUGCUUUCACAAUUCAAGUAUAGGAAAUCGUGUAAUAGUGCAAAAUCCUUUGUCUGCUCUUCUAAGGACAAUUGCAUUGGAUUGUUUGUCCUUGUAAAUUUGAGGAUUCAUUGUUGUAGAAGGAUGUAUAAAUAUAGUUCCCCAAAAAAUAAAAAUAAAAUGGGUGUAUACCGUUUAACAUGUUUGUGAAACUUAAAGGGCUUUUUCGGACCAAGUUUUCAAUUA